AAACCGCCUCGGUCGAUCACAAUGAAUUCAAAUCUGAAAUUACAGCCAAGAAGGGAGUAUCACAUAGUGGUACUCGGAGCUGGUAUGAAAAAGCCUACCCUCGCGUCUCUUCGGUACAAACAAAUCCACUGAUGUUUGGGUCUCUUGGAUGUAUUUUUUGUUAAAAAAAAUAGGCGGAGUUGGAAAAAGUUGUCUAACGGCUCAAUUCGUCCAAAAUGUCUGGAUUGAAAGUUAUGACCCGACUAUCGAAGACUCAUAUCGCAAGCUGAUCGAAGUGGAUGGACGACAAUGUGUUCUGGAGAUAUUAGAUACUGCGGGCACUGAACAAUUUAGUGAAGAACUCUACAUGAAACAAGGCCAAGGCUUCCUGCUCGUCUUCUCCAUAACCUCCACCUCUUCCCUCUCCGAACUCGCCGAACUCCGCGAACAAAUCAUCCGCAUCAAAGACGACGAGAACGUCCCCAUCGUCAUCGUCGGCAACAAAUCAGACCUCGAGGAAGACCGCGCCGUCUCGCGAUCGCGCGCCUUCGCCCUCUCCCAACAGUGGGGGAACUCGCCGUACUAUGAAACCUCCGCCCGCCGCCGUGCGAACGUCAACGAGGUCUUCAUCGACCUGUGUCGGCAGAUUAUCCGCAAGGAUAUUCAGGCGAGUCAGGAGCGGAGUAUGGAGCUGGCGAUGAAUGGGAGGAGUGGUGGUGGCGGUGGCGGCGGUGGUGGAGCAGAUGGUGGUGGGAUUGGCGGGUCGGAAGGUCAGAGUCGACAAAGUGGUGGGCGGUUAAGGAAUCGGAGGAGAGCGAAGGCAAAAGGGGACUGUGUGAUUUUGUGA